AUGCGUCCCUCCAGCAUAGUAAGGCAUUGUCUACGAUGUUAUAAUCGCCAUUCCCUGAGUCCUGACUUCUCCUCUCCUUCUCUUUUUUGCUUCCACCUCGGUGAACCACGGAUUAUCAUGCCUAAGGGACUACAACUGGUCAACAAGGCCCCUGGAGGGCCGACAUCCAAUGCCCCAGCACAGCAACCUGCUGUACCUCGCGCUCCUGCGAGGACUGGUACAACAGGUACAUAUGCCAGCUUAAUGCAAGGCGCCAGAGCGCCACCACCACAACCUCGAGGUCCUCCUGGGGCUUAUCUGAACGUCCCAAACGUUAAUAAUAUCGCUAGAGACAUGGGCGGAAUGAAUCUGGCAGGCCAAGGAUCACAAGCUGGAGGCCUCCCGAACACAGCGGCCCAGGGCGCGGCUCAACAGGCUGCUCCGCAGGCGCAAGACGCAACUUCUGCCAAUGUAUCUCCAGCUGCAAUGGUCCCCUCCAUAGCCCCAGCUCCUACACUGGUCUCGGAAAGAGACUGGGUUGCUCCAACUCAUGCCGGCAGUCUCAUUUCAGCAGCACCGUUCGCAAACACAUCUCAUGGCGCGAGAGCGGGCUGGUACAACAGCGGUCACUGCAAGAUGGCGAUCCACAAAGCCAAAGAUUUCCAAUCGGGCGAUGUGAUCGCUGCGCCUUACCACGUUCCUAACCUGAACCCCAAGCUGUCUCCAAACUCCAAAGAUCUCGUCAUCAGUUCCGAAGGGCCCGUCUUCUCGAAGCGUCGGAUGGGAAUCGUGCUGUGGAAAUCGGCGGAGGUGAUGAUUGUUCUCCCUCUAUUCUCCUGGACGUCGCAAGGUAUAGGCAACAAGAUCCAACAUUGGAAAGCCAAAGGCGACCUGACGAAUUCGGUGCAAGAUUACGUUGAAGUCUUCAACUAUCGAGAUCGGCAGAAUUUCAAAAUGAAAGGCGUUCAUCAGCCUUUGCAUUUCGUGCACAAGCAAUCUUGGGGCGGGUUGACCGAGUACACGACUUGUCAGAUUACUGGAGCGGUGAUGGUGAAUUGGAAGGAGGAUAUCACACAGGUUGGUCGCAUUACUCGGCAGUCUUUCAACAGACUCUUGCAGCUUCGACAGAUGCGAGAGGCUUUUUAUAUCAGGGAGGAUGCGCGCCAGAAUUCUUGGCCGAUGGAGGGUGCGAGAGAUACUCGUGUUUUGCAAAAGGAGCCUAAGCCGCAAAAGGAGCCAAACCGGGUGGGACCCGGUCUCCCACCUUGGAGGAAUAGCUUAUCAUGCUUGCUUCAUGAAGGUCUCGGCAGCAUAAUUCUUGAGAGCAGCAGGAUCGCAUGGAUUUCUGGCCAAUACGUGUUAAUGAUAAGUAAUAAUCCUCGUUCAGAGUUGAAUACUCAUUUCCAUCAUUUACAUUUCUUGCGCGUACUUCGCGCAUACGGUUCGCUCUUGUUCUUGCCAUCUUGGUUCGGGAAAAGGUUACAGCAUAGAUUGUGCAGAGUGGGAUACAGGCGUGUGCUUUCGAGAUGGAGUGAUUUGUGUGUUCGUGUUAUGAACUUGAAGUGCUCAUGGGCCUUAUUGUCCCCCGAAGUCCCCGAGCUAGCGGCGGAUCUAUCCGAGCGAAUUAUCUUCUCAGUCGCCAAAUACACGUACGUUGAAACAGCAGCCGAAGCGGCCGGAAGCAGACUGGAUUACUGCCACCUUCGAACUGGGCUGGCGUCCCGAGGGGAUCGGAAUUUUUUAUGCAUGACGACCAUGGAUUGCUGGCAGUACAUCAAUGUGUCGGCUCCAGAUCUGCUUGCGAGCAUGGAGUCAGGUAAGACCAGCGAGUCCUUCGCACAACACCCAACUCUUUCUCUCCACUCUCGCCAUGGUACUGAAUCCGCUGUCAUGUCCUUCUCAGGAAUGAAUGCUCUUUCCGUACAUCUUUCCAAUAUGAAAUCUGAAAAUCAGCGUGUAGAGUCAUGGUGUCCAAUUUGCGACUCCAGUAAAGAAUUGGAGAUGAAGUGUGUUCAAGCCAGCUCACGAAAGAUCUCAUUGUCCCCCGAGGUCCCCGAGCUAGUGGCGGACAUAUCCGAGCGAAUCAUAUUUCAGUGGCACACUUGCAAGUUCCAUCACGACAUUGUCAACUCUUCACUAGGGCAGCUGCCAAAUAUGAAAUCUGAAAUUCAGUUCCGAAUACAUAUGGGACUAGACAAGACAUGUGGAGUCAUGGUAUCCAUUUUCGAAGAAGUGGAAAUGGACAAUCUGGAACAUGAAAUUGGAGAACUGCUCGCCAAAGAUCUCAUUCUGCAGUGUUGUACAGAGAGUGGGAUGAAGGCGUAUAAGCCUAUUGUGGGUUAUGUAUGUACUUUCGACUCUAAUAAAGCAUUGGAAAUGGAGUGGCGUAUGUCCGUGUUACUGCUCGGCGUGCAUGAUGCAUUUUUAUUGUCCCCCGAGGUCCCCGAGCUAGCGGCGGAUCCAUCCGAGCGAAUCAUAUCUCAGUCGCUACGCUGGCAAGUCGCAGUAUUAUGCAGAGUAGGAUGA